CGAGUCUCGUGUAUGGGUUGACGUCCGUGAAUUGCAACGUAUUGGAGCUGUUGCAUGCUGCAGACUUACGCAUCGCCAUGGUGAGAGGUGUUCCGCUCCGCAAAUGUGACGAGUAGAAUCCGAAUCCCAGGAAGGGGCUCAACACAACAGCCGGUAUUGCCGUGUGUAUUCGUGUGUAUGGGCGGUGAGGGGUGGUGGGGUAGGCGAGGAGACAGUCGCAUCCGCAUUCUUCAAACUUUCAAGCUGAGUUCCCCAGAAUUCGGCGCUAGUAUAGCACGCUAAGCUCUUCUGACGCGCUCGCCGGCCUCACCAAACUUGACCACCACCACGGCCACUGCCCUCCCACUCGCUCAACGUCGUGUCGCGUGCAAUUGAGCUUUCCUCGCCCACCCGUAGCUCCAGCGAGCUCCAUUAAUACCCAACUUCUCCAUUUUCCACCCAUAGCGACAGCAUUGCGAACAUGCCUCCCGCUCUCAGCGACGUCGAGUCCUCCGGCGACGAACAGGUCCCUGCUCAGAAGAAGACGAAACAAGCAAAGGCCCAGCCCGACCCUGUCGAAGAGGAAGAAGAGGACGAAGAAGAGGACGAUGGCUCAGUCGCAGAAGACGAAUAUGUUGUGGAAGAAAUCUUGAAGCAUCGAUUCACAAAAGAUGGCGAGCUCGAGCUCGACGUGAAGUGGGUAGGUUAUGACGACCCCAAGGACCGCACAUGGGAACCUGAGUCAAAUUUGAGUGGUGCCAUCGACAUCCUCGAAGCCUACUUUACAAAGAUAAAGGGCAGACCAGAGCCCAAGGCCGGUGGCGCAAAGCGCAAGGGACGACCAUCUGCCGUCAAAUCUGAGCCGGCGGAAACGCCUACAGCCAGUGCUAAGCGCGCGAAGAAGGAAUGGAGCCCACCACCAGGCUCAUGGGAGCACGACGUCAGCCACAUCGACACUGUCGAAGAGAGCUUCGACAAUAAAGCCGGAACGAUGGGGAGGUUUGCCUAUCUGGUUUGGAACAACCAACGCAAGACCUACCACCCGCUCAAGCAUGUAUACCAGAAGUGCCCUCAGAAGAUGCUUCUCUAUUACGAGAGCCACCUUGUCUUCACACAAAAUGACGGUAUGGACGGCAAAGACGACUCGUCGAUGAAGGAUAUCUGAUCACAUCCGACGUGAUCAAAAAGCCCAUACCACUAUAACUGUUAUGGGAGUACAAUCGUCAUGCUGAAAGCUCGACAAAUAAACUCCCCAGCGUUGCCAUAUAUGUC